AUGCCUUCCCCACAAAUCCUACAGCCGGUCCUAAAAAUGAAGGUGGAUGAGCUCUUCCUGAACUGGCUGAGUGAGCCCAGUACUCAGGUGUUACUGAAAGAUUGCCUGCAAAAGAUCAAGCAUGGAGAAGGGAUGGAUCUGGCCAGUGGGGAUUUUAAGGAGAAGACCUCACUGGUCGUUGGUGAAAAUAACAACAUUGCAGUCAAAAAGAGUAUGACUGAAAGGACUUCUGCACCGUUUAGUGCUCCGUCCAGUCCUCCAUCACCGGCACUACCUUCUGGCAGUGGGAGUACUCACAGAGGUGGACCAAACGGAAGAGCAUUGCGACGCUCUGUCAGCACCAAGAAGCAAGCUCAGGUUAAGAAAGAGGAGCCCAUUACACCAGCAUUAAGUGAAAGCAUUCCAAAGUUCUACUUCCCUCGAGGACGGCCAAAAGCCAAUCUCAACAUUGACCAUCUCAUUUCCAAGAUAGAGAAAAUAUUUUCCCAAUUCCCCAAUGAAAGAGCGACUAUUGAAGACAUGGGGAAGGUUGCCAAGGCAUGUGAGUGUCCUCUUUAUUGGAAAGCUCCAUUGUUCUACGCUGCUGGAGGGGAUAGAACAGGAUUUGUCUCCGUUCACAAGUUUGUUGCGAUGUGGAGAAAAGCGCUCCAGACGUGUCAUGAUGACGCAUCCAAAUUUGUUCACCUUCUGGCCAAACCUGCCUGUCAUUAUUUGGAACAAGAGGACUUUAUUCCAUUCCUGCAGGAUGUGGUGGACUCUCAUUCAGGCCUAGUGUUUCUAAAGGAGGCGUCUGACUUUCACUCACGCUACAUUACCACAGUAGUUCAAAGGAUAUUUUAUAAUGUAAACCGAUCAUGGACAGGAAGAAUCACGUGUUCAGAACUCAGAAAAAGCAGUUUUCUUCAAAAUGUGGCUCUGUUGGAAGAGGAGGAAGAUGUCAACCAUCUGACAGAGUACUUCUCUUACGAGCAUUUCUAUGUCAUCUACUGUAAAUUCUGGGAACUGGACACAGACCACGAUCUCUACAUAGACCAGAGGGACCUAGCGAGGCACAAUGAUCAAGCCAUCUCACAAAGAAUGAUCGAGAGAAUAUUCUCAGGAACCGUAACCAGGGAUAGAAGAGUCCGUAAAGAAGGCAGGCUGAGCUAUGCUGACUUUGUGUGGUUUCUCAUCUCAGAGGAGGAUAAGAAGACAGAGACCAGUAUAGAGUACUGGUUCCGGUGUAUGGACCUGGAUGGUGAUGGUGUUCUGUCCAUGUAUGAGCUGCACUACUUCUACCAGGAGCAGUGUCAGAAGCUGGAAACCAUGGCCAUCGAACCCCUGCCUUUUGAGGACUGCCUCUGCCAAAUGCUCGACCUGGUCAGGCCAGAAGUAGAAGGUAAAAUCACCCUCCGUGACUUGAAGAGGUGCAAACUGGCGCAUAUAUUUUUUGACACGUUUUUCAACAUUGAAAAGUACCUGGACCAUGAACAGAAAGAUCCUUUCUCCGUCAUAAGGGAUGGGGAAUCUGAAGGUCAGGACAUCUCUGACUGGGAAAGAUAUGCUGCAGAGGAAUACGACAUCUUGGUUGCCGAGGAGACUGCUAACGAGCAUUACAAUGACGGCUAUGAAAAUGUCCUGGAUCCACUGGACCAGGAUAUGGCCUCUGACUACGACCUGUGCAGUGAGAAAAGACAUUUCUUUGAGAUCCCAAAUCCCCACUGUAAUCUGGACCUGGAUGAGUACGAGUAUGAGGACGACUUUGAAUGAUGACUGCUGCAUCCAUACACAGCCAACAGACACCAUCAUCACUUAGUAGAACGUAGCUGUAUUAACCACUUGCACUAAAACCA